AUGACCAGUCUCAAGAGGAGCCUGGGCUCUGACCCCUUGGCUUCAAGCAUCGCGAGCAAAGUCUACAUCCGGUCUACGAAGGCUGGCAAGCUGCAGAAGAUUGUCAAGGAGGUAUACCUGCGGCAAGACAUCCCCUGCUCAUCCGAACUGUGUUCGAGCUGCCUUAAGACUGCCCCUCGAGAUGCAGCAGGGAAAGUCGCGCCAUUCGUGCUCUCCCAGGAGCCUGCUGGCACCAAGGCCUUCCCCAAGGGCCACUACAUCGUCCCCGACACCAACGCGUUCCUCAACGCCAUGGACCUCUUUGAGCAGAGUUCUGCCUUCUACGACGUCAUUGUGUUGCAGAUUGUCCUUGAGGAGCUGCGCAACCGCUCGCUCCCCCUGUACAACCGCCUGAUCGGCCUGACCAAGAGCGACGAGAAGCGCUUCUACGUCUUCUUCAAUGAGUUCCGCCUCGAGACCCAUGUGGCCCGUGAGCCUGGCGAGACCGUCAACGACCGCAACGACCGCGCGGUGCGCAAGGCCGUCUCGUGGUACGGCGAGCACCUGGCCAAGACCAGGGCCAAGAAGGUGCCCACGGUGGUCAUGCUCAGCAACGACCGCGACAACCUGCGGAAGGCCAAGGCCGAAGGCAUCGCAUCGUGCUCCCUGGGCGAGUACGUCAAGGGCCUGGACAAUGCGGACGAGCUCAUGGAUAUGAUCCCCGAGUCACAGGCCGAGGUCGACAAGCAGCGGGGGCCGGGCGGGCACAUCUACCCAGACUAUUACUCGAUGUCCAAGAUGAUGACGGGAGUCAAGAAUGGACUGCUCCACCAGGGCUUAUUCAACAUGUCGCCAUACAACUAUCUGGAGGGCUCAGUUCGAGUACCUGCUUUCCCCAAAGCCUUGAUAGUCAUGGGACGAGAGAGCAUCAACCGGGCGGUCGACGGUGACGUUGUGGUCGUGGAGGUCUUACCCAAAGAUCAGUGGAAGGAGCCCUCCACACAGAUCAUCGAGGAAGAGGCCCUGACAAAGAACGAAAACGCCGAGGGUGACGACGGUGAUGAACUCGUCUCAGUAAAGGAGAAGAAGGCGCUUCAGGAUGAAGUGAAGAGGACACAGGGCAAGACAGGAGAGGGCCAUGCCCAACCGACUGCAAAGGUUGUGGGCGUGAUCAAGCGGAAUUGGCGUCAAUAUGUUGGGCAUAUUGACCAGUCAUCAGUCAGCCAAUCCUCAACGCAAGGGAGGAGGCAAGAUACGGUGUUUCUCGUUCCCAUGGACAAGAAGAUCCCCAAGAUUCGGCUCCGCACAAGACAGGUGGCUGAUUUGCUUGGAAAGAGGAUAUUGGUCACUAUGGACGCUUGGGACCGAGACUCGAGACAUCCUGUAGGGCAUCUUGUGCGGACCCUGGGCGAGAUGGAGACCAAGGCUGCGGAGACUGAGGCGCUACUUCUCGAGUACGACGUACAGUAUCGACCUUUCCCAAAGACCGUGCUGGACUGCUUGCCAAAGGAGGGACAUGACUGGAAGGUUCCAGCCAGCACGGAUGACCCGGGGUGGAGAGACAGAGAGGAUCUCCGAGGGCUUCUCAUCUGCAGUAUUGACCCCAUUGGCUGCCAAGACAUCGACGAUGCGUUGCAUGCAAAGCCGUUACCAAACGGUAAUUUUGAGGUUGGAGUGCAUAUCGCCGAUGUGUCACAUUUCGUGAAGCCAAACAACGCGAUGGACACGGAGGCUAGCAUUCGCGGCACGACAGUAUAUCUGGUCGACAAGCGUAUCGACAUGCUUCCCAUGCUCCUGGGCACAGAUCUGUGCUCCCUUAAGCCCUACGUUGAGCGAUACGCGUUUUCAGUGUUGUGGGAGAUGAACCCCAAUGCUGAUAUCGUUAACGUGCGCUUCACGAAGUCGGUCAUCAAGUCAAGAGAAGCUUUCAGCUACGAGGAGGCACAGCUUAGGAUCGACGAUGUGUCUCAACAGGACGACCUCACCAAGGGCAUACGGACGCUACUCAUGCUGUCUAAGAAGCUGAAGCAGAAGCGCAUGGACGCCGGCGCCCUGAGCCUUUCCUCGCCUGAGGUCAAGGUGCAGAUGGAGUCGGAGACGUCAGAUCCUAUCGAUGUCAAGACGAAACAGCUCCUCGACACCAACUCCCUCGUCGAGGAAUUCAUGCUUCUCGCCAACAUUAGCGUUGCAGGCAAGAUUUACGAGGCCUUCCCCCAGACCGCCAUCCUCCGGCGCCACGGCGCGCCGCCCAAAUCCAACUUUGACGAGCUCUCGAACCAGCUCAAGGUUAAGAGGGGCCUGGAGCUGCACGUUGUCUCAUCACGCGCCUUGGCCGACAGCCUUGACGCGUGCGUCGACCCCAACGAGCCCUUCUUCAACACAUUGGUCCGCGUCAUGGCCACCCGGUGCAUGAUGAGCGCCGAGUAUUUCUGCUCGGGCACGCAGUCGUACCCGGAGUUCCGGCACUACGGCCUCGCGUCCGAGAUCUACACGCACUUCACGUCUCCGAUCCGGCGGUACGCGGACCUGGUCGCCCACCGGCAGCUCGCGGCGGCGAUCGAGUACGAGCCGGUGGCGCCCUCGGUGCGGAGCAGGGGCCGGCUCGAGGCGGUGUGCAAGAACAUCAACGUGCGGCACCGCAACGCGCAGCUGGCCGGGCGGGCCUCGAUCGCCUACUACGUCGGUCAGGCGGUCCGCGGCAGGGUUACCGAGGAGGACGGGUUCGUCAUGAAGAUCUUCAGCAACGGCUUCGUCGUCCUCGUGCCCCGCUUCGGCAUCGAGAGCGUCAUCCGGCUGCGGGACCUCGCCGACCCGGAGCCACAGGCCACGUACGACGCCGAGGACUACGUCCUGAGGACGUCCGGGAGCAGGGAGGUCAGCGUGGAGCUUUUCCAGAAGGUCAGGGUCAGGAUCAGCGACCAGAAGGAGGAGUCUACGGGCAAGAGAACUGCUAAGAUGGAGCUGGUUUCUGUAUUUUGA